AUGGCACCAGAGAGGAGAGUUACGCCAGGCAUGAGUAGGGAUGGAGACAUGAUGGAGGAGAACAAGAGGAGAGCAUUGGAGGAGCUUAGCAGAGCAAUGGGGCAGGACCUUGGAGUGGAAGAUAGUGUGGGGGAAUCAAUUCAAGGAGAUGAGUUCGUUCUGCCAGUGCCUUCUAAUCCUCCUACCCCUGCGGCUAAUGCUCUCCCACCUGUAGGAUCCCCAGUUGGAUCAGAUCAAACCCCACACCCACGAGAAAACACUGGGAGUGCAACGGACUUCGGAGAAGAAGGGACACAAGGGGUGAUGUUAGCCUUGAUGCAGAUGGUGGCAAAUAUGAACAAGGACAUGAUGGAGGAGGAGAAGAAAGAAGAGAAGAACAAGGAGAAGGGGCAACCUUUGGCGCAGGGUGGGGUCCAGGCGACUAUGAUGUUGACGGUGGGGAGGAGUGCACCACUGAACCUCGACGAACUUCGCCGAAGAUGGCCUAGGCCAAGCUCCGAUCUGAGGCAGACAAGGAGGAAAGAAGGGAAGUGUACGGAGUGUGGUGAAACGGGACAUUGGCUGAAGGAAUGUCCUGUAAGGCAGGCUAAGGUGAAGGCUGGAUUGUUGCCUCCAUGGGGGGAGAAGUUUGGAGAACGCGGUGGAGGAUCGGGGGGGAACGCAGUACCUCUGGGGCAGAGGAGGAACUUGGUCGCAGUUGGAGGCAAAGGAGAGAUGGAAGGGGACCAGGGAAAAGAAGAGGACCUGUCGCAGUAG